AUGACUCGUUCGAAACGUCUUACGAAUACUAAACGCCAAACUGUUCGUCGAAAACCUACAUAUUUAUCUGUGCCAUUAAAUGUAAAUACUAAUACCAAAGGUGGUCAAGUAUUAGCUGUUGGCGAAAAUGGUAUGACACAAUUAGGUCUAAAGAGUUCCAUUGAUCAACGAAAAAAUCCUCAACCUGUACUUAUUCCUGAACCUAUUAUACAAAUUGCCGCUGGUCCUUUGCAUACAGUCUGUUUAACAAAUCAAAACAAUAUUUAUACAUUUGGUUGUAAUGAUGAACAUGCUUUGGGUCGUCCCGAUGAUAACAAUGAUGAGAACGAUGAUGAUGAAGAUCAUGGUAAUAUUGAUCCGUUUGGAGAAGUUGAUUUAAGUCAAGUAAUGAAUGCAGAUGAUGAAAAAAUCACACAAAUUGUUGCUGGCGAUAGUCAUACAUUAAUUUUAUCCAAUAUUGGUAAGGUUUAUGUUUGCAAACGUAAAAUGGCACAAUGUCCAGUUGAAAUUUCUUUACCAGAAAAAAUUGUAAAAAUAGCAAGUGGCAAUGAUUUUGUAUUGUUUCUUAGUGAAACAGGACAAGUUUAUUCAUGUGGAAACGGAGAAACAGGCCAAUUAGGUCGACUAAAUCGAUAUGUAUCUGAGGAUGGUCGACGCGGAGGAAUUGAACGAUUAAUUACACCUGCACCUAUUCUUUAUAAUCGAUCGUCAAUCAAGGAAAAAAAAUUAUUUUUCGAAGAUAUAUUUACGGGUGCCCAUCAUUAUUUUUUAAAAGUGCAAGACCAAUCUUAUAUACUUGCUGGUGGACUGAAUAAUUUCCAUCAAAUUGGUUUAUCAUCGACAGAAUCUAUCUUUUUUCCAGUACAUAUUCCAUCACUAGACGGUUACAAAUGGAAAAAAUUUGCUGGUGGUCUUCAUCAUACAAUUGGUCUUACUGUUGAUGGUAAAGUUUACGCAAUGGGACGUUGCCAUGAAGGUCAAUUGGGUAUAGAAGGCUUAACCACUCAUCUUGAUAAACCAACACUUAUUCCAAAUAUUCCAAAAGCAGUUGAUAUAGCAUGUGGAAAUCAUGUAUCGUUUAUAAUUGAUGAGAAAGGCAAAGUCUAUUCGUUUGGUACUGGAACAUCCCUUCAACAUGGACAUGGUGAAGAUGAUGUUAAAAUUCCACGGUUGAUGUCAUCAAAAUAUAUGGACAUAAAAAAAAUAGCCAAUAUUACUGUUGGUGCUCAACAUACAAUUUUUCUCACUAAAGAAUAA